CUAUGUGAGGUACUAAUUGGAUCUGUUGGAGAAUUCUGUGAUCCUGCAUUAACUGAUAUUUGCUACUGUGAUCAUAUAAAUACUACAACAGGCCCAGUUCACUUUGUUGUCAACCAUCCGGCACGGCUAAACUAUAGCAGAGGAGUCAUUAAAGCGCAUUGGCUGCGCGGCGAUGGUACUGCAGUAGACAGUGUCAAUAAUAUAACUCUUCCAGCGAUUUAUG